CAAAAACCCAUAACUUUGCUUUGCAUCUCUCUCUCUUCUUCUUGCUUUUCUCUCUCUCUCUCCAUUUGGCGAUAGAAGCCAUGUACCAAUCAUCGUCAUCCACAUCAUCAUCAUCGCAGAGAUCAUCGCUUCCCGGCGGUGGCGGAGGAGGACUGAUCCGAUACGGCUCUGCUCCGGGAUCGUUUCUUAACUCUGUGGUGGACGAAGUCAUAGGAGGAGGGUCAAACGCCCGUGACUUCACCGGCUAUCAGCCGUCGGAUAACUUCAUCGGUAAUUUUUUCGCCGGCGCUGACUCAUCCUCGCUGAGAUCCGAUUCGACCACUUGUGGAGUCAACUCAUCCGACGGACAGAAGCAGCUAGGCAAUCAUCAUAGUAGUAAUAAUAAAGAUCUCUUCCUCGACAGAUCCUACGGUGGAUUCAAUCACGAGAUCUCGCAGCAAAAGAGCAACGAACUCGGAGGGGGAUCAGGAAACAGCUCUGGAUCUUACUCUCUCGCCAGACAACGUAGCUCUCCCGCCGAUUUCUUCAGCUACCUCUCCGCUGAUAAAAACAAUUUCGCAUUGAACCAACCAACCAGUGAUUAUAAUAAUCCCCAAGUAGGGUCGACUAACGUGGGACGAGGACAUUCGAGAUUGAAGUCUCAGCUUAGUUUCACGAGUCAUGAUUCUCUGGCUCGGAUCAACGAGGUCAAUGAGACCCCUGUCCACGAUGGUUCUGGCCAUUCUUUUUCCGCUGCUAGCUUUGGUGCCGCCGCUACUGAUUCUUGGGAUGAUGGUUCCGGUUCAAUUGGGUUUACCGUCACCCGACCCAAUAAACGAUCCAAGGACAUGGACUCUGGUCUCUUUUCACAGUAUAGUCUUCCUUCAGAUACUUCGAUGAACUACAUGGACAAUUUCAUGCAGCUUCCUGAAGACUCUGUACCCUGCAAAAUCCGGGCCAAGCGCGGCUGCGCCACCCAUCCAAGAAGCAUCGCCGAGCGGGAGAGGAGAACGAGAAUAAGCGGGAAACUAAAGAAGCUACAAGAUCUUGUCCCCAACAUGGAUAAGCAAACAAGCUAUUCGGACAUGCUGGAUUUAGCUGUACAACACAUCAAAGGCCUUCAACAUCAACUCCAGAGUUUGAAAAAGGAUCAAGAGAAUUGCACGUGUGGAUGCAGUGAGAGACAAAGCUAGCAGCAACCCUAACGGUAGGGAUUAUCCUAAUAUAAAUUAUUUUUUUGUUGUUCGGAUUACAGAGAAGAUGACGUUUGGUAUUUAAUAUAAGAGGAUUAGAGAAGAUGUAAAUAAAUAGAUUAUUAAGUGCCUAAUUCUCUUAUAAACUUCUCAUUUGUUGUCAUUAUAAUAUAGAACAUUGACAAUUGUUUAUUAUGUUUUUAUGCAAGUGUAAUGUCAUAAUGCUGUUGCUUAUUUCU